UUGAAAUUACGGUGACAACUGACAAGGAGGAGGCGUGAAAAAUCCCAGCUGUACGGCCAUCUAUGGUGGCCAAUUAAGGCGUUUUUUCACGUAUCUUUCCUUCAUUAUGACUCAUUAGUACCACUCUAAUUGAGACCUGUUUUCCUUUAUUAUUCAGCUCGACCAGAGCUGCCUCCCAUUGCCCAAUCACUGCUUUCCAGCUUUUCUUUGCAGUUUCAAAUGGCAGAUCUCAAGCCCCAGACGGACAUUUCAUUCGCUGAGAUAUUCCUGUGCAGCGCUCUCGCGGCUUGUUUUGCCGAGACCUGCUACUUAAUUUUCAAGACUUGUAUUUUGAGUUCAAAAUGGGUGCAUUGACUCGGUGCCCAUUAACUAAGGUAAAACAGCCACGCAAGGUCUGAGCUUGAUGCAUUCUGUUCUAGCCCGAGCUAAGUUCUGUACUCUUCCUUUGGACACUGCUAAAGUCAGGCUUCAGCUUCAAAAGAAAGCAGUUACAGUGGAUGCAGUAGGUAUAUCCAAAUAUAGGGGCUUGUUGGGUACUAUUGCUACUAUUGCUAGGGAAGAAGGUCUGCCAGCACUUUGGAAAGGCAUUAUUCCAGGAUUACAACGCCAGUGUAUUUAUGGAGGCUUAAGGAUUAGCUUAUAUGUUCCCGUUAAAACAUAUCUUGUUGGCAGUGAAUUUAUUGGAGAGAUUCCUUUAUACCACAAAAUACUUGCUGCGUUUUUGACGGGUGCUAUAGCAAUUUUAGUCGCUAAUCCAACUGAUCUUGUCAAAGUUCGACUUCAAGCUGAAGGAAAAUUGCCAGCUGGGGUGCCUAGGCGUUAUUCUGGAGCUUUGGAUGCUUAUUUAACCAUUGUGAAGCAGGAAGGAUUAGGGGCCCUGUGGACUGGGCUCGGCCCAAAUGUAGCACGAAAUGCUAUAAUAAAUGCUGCUGAACUAGCCAGUUAUGACCAAGUGAAGCAGAUGAUUUUGAAAAUUCCAGGGUUCAUGGACAAUGUUUUAACUCAUCUGCUAGCUGGUCUAGGUGCAGGUUUUUUUGCUGUCUGUAUCGGUUCUCCUGUUGACGUGGUGAAAUCUAGAAUGAUGGGAGAUUCAAGUUACAAAAACACGCUUGAUUGCUUUAUCAAAACUUUGAAGAGUGAGGGAUUUCUUGCCUUUUAUAAAGGGUUCUUCCCUAACUUUGGUCGGCUCGGAGCUUGGAAUGUGAUUAUGUUUCUAACUUUUGAGCAAGCAAAGAACUUUUUCGGAGGGGAAGCCUAAAUCUCUGAUUUUCUUGGUUGAGAUUUGGCAAGGUGGAACGCAAAGCUUUUGUCCACAUGUUGCUUAUUCAUCUGUUUUAGAAUUUUUUCCAGAGAGAUGAGAUUGCCCCUGCAAUUCUUUUUUCCCCUCAGUUACAUAUAUACUAGUAUUUGUAACAAUGAAUUGACUGCCAAACUACAUUUAAUUGGGAGGCUAUUCGUCAUUACCAUAGACCCUUUUGUGAUAGUGCAAGCUGCUUUCCUCCCCAUGUUACAUGAUCACAUUGUAAGUUGAAUGAAAUAAACUAAUAUAUAUAUAUUCAACGUCUGCUUA